AUGCGCAAGCGAACACCUCUCGAGCGUCCCAUCAUAUCCGCCCCAAUUGGCCCCGUCAAGAGCUCCCGUGGACCAGAUCUCACCCGAAGCGAUAAAUUUGAGAUUGUUGCUGGGAUCAAAGACUGCACAAAGAACCCCAGCACUCCCUCAGACUCAAUUGCUUCUCGAAGAUCUCGUCGGAUAUCAGCAAGCUUCUUGAACACCGUGGCCCCGUCUGCGAGUCCAACCGUUGUCGAGUCGGAAGUCAGUGCUGUUACUCGAAUACAGUCGGAUACUUCGUUCAAGGGAUCCCUUGGCAGACGGGCCGCGCUGCUGUCGUUGUCGACGAGGUCGCUGUUGAAGCAGCCGUCCAAGUAUACGCUCAUUGCUCGCCCACAGUCGGCUGAAGAUGCCGAGAACAUCCCACCAUUGAACGUGUCGAAAGACGACAAGAAGUCCUCUAUACCCAGGUCAAUGAGCAAACUUCCCAAGUCAAGGACAAUGAUGGUGCUUCAUGACCUCAAAAAAUCAUUUUCCAGACCCAGCUUGGCAGCAGUAAAGAAUCAUAACCACGGCCAGACGCAACCAGCACCUAACGUUCCGUCAUUUCGAAAGUUGGAUGAGUCCGAACUGAGUAUUUCGACGUUCCAAUCUUCCCAAACAACUCUGACGUCAUUUUCCCUGAUUGAUCACAGCUCAAACUCAUCUCCUGUGCCUUCUAUAAAGCAUGUUGACACGGCACAAAGCUCCGAGUAUUGGUCUGGCCGUUUCAUGGGACUACAUGACCGUUUCUCUUCGGAAAGCUUUGCAAAAUACUCCUCGUCUUGCACUUCGCCGAAAGCUGAAAUCGGCUGGCAGUCGAGAUUGGCUCUCCCUCGUGGCCAUUCUGUGACUGCUACCCAGAAUCGCUUGACAUAUCUCGCUCCUUCCAAUACUACUUCAGCUCUUACAACAAUUACAUACAAUCCCAGAUUGUUUCAAUAUGAGGACGAAGACGAUUCGAAAUGCAAGCGUAUAUUCAGCCAUCUUGAAUCCUUGUGCACCACGACAGAGGCUAAAGCGUCGUUACACUCGUGGCAGCAGACAUAUGCCCGUCGUUACAGUCGGCCAAAGCUACUUCCCGAAGGUGGAUGCAUGUAUGACAAAAGUCGCAAUAGGUUCCUUGUUGGUGUUGGGCAUCGCUUUAAGAGUGGCGAAAGACGACGACUGUCGGCUUUUGGGGAAUUGGCGGAUUCAAGACCAGGGGCAAUCGGUGUUACUCCUGGUCGAGGCGUGGCGGUAUACUGA